AUGUCUUCAUACGUCACUUUGAGGUCACAGUUCACGGAAAUUAGGCAGCAGUACAGACCUCACAGUAGCGGGAACGGAAGGGCGGCCAUGUUGUAUCCCGGGGUUAUUACUUCCCCCGGAAAUGGGACUAACUAUGGGACUUCGGAGUAUCCGUACAGCGAGGAUGAGACCCGGAAUAAUAGCGAUAUUCUUAUGUUUCCUGUUUUAGCUGGUACGCUAGUGAUGGCAUAUAACAUACCGGAACUUUCGAAUACUUUGACUCUGACAAUGGACCAUGUUGUCGGUAUAUACAACGGUACCUACACUUGGUGGAACGAUACGGCAUUCAAAAUACAAAAUCCCAAUUCAACUUUUCCCAAUGCAUCGAUAAAACCGGUUGUUCGGUACUUCCCGGCCGGUUCCACCUACAUUUUCACCAAAUGUCUGUCGGUACAUAGUCGAUUCUGGAAUCAAAGUUACGGUACGUUUUGGGAGAAGAGUUACUGGAAUGGUAGCAUCAAUUUUGAGUACGGUCAUCGCAGUGUAGGGAUGGGCGAUACGAUAACGAGUCUGGCUUACAGCAUCGGUUAUGUGCCGGUUUGGCUGGCCGAGAGUGUUAACUUGAGGUACGCAACAAUAGUGAACCGAAUUGGAUCGGUGACAUCUCCAAAAUCGAUGAGGAAUCUUCUCAACUCGAUGGAUUCGAACAGGCAGGCAAUAUUCUCCACGAGACAGCUGAUUUCGAAUCUAAUCGAGACCGCUCCUCUGAAUACUUACCCGAUUAUCGGUUAUUCAUACAUGAUUGUCAGACUCGCAUCUAGUGCUGUCUGCCCUGAAGUUGUUAACUUGGCUAGAUACAUAGAAUGGCUAACGACUAGCCAACAAGCGCGAGAGAUUGCAUCGAGUUUCGGUAUGUCAACCGUCACCAAAGAUAUGGCCACUGGUAUAGAGAAUCGAGUUUUGAAUCGAUUCAUUUGCGGUAAGUAUUUAGUCAAGGAUUUACUAUCAAAGCAGAAACAGGAAGAAGAGAGGAAAACAAACAGCUGGAAAGUCCCAUUCUCGGUUUCAGUUUCGAUUUUCUUGUUAGUUUUGGUCGGUUUAGUAGCAGUUGGACUGCACCAGAGAAAAAAGUUCAUCAAAAUGAUCGAUCGAGAUGAUUGGAAAAUCGACUCAUCCGACAUCGAGUACAUCGUCGGAAAACGGAGCUCCAUGGAAUUUGCCAGUACCGAUCAAAUUUAUUCCAUUUCUAGCAUCAAUAACACUGACAACAUCGAUACUAAUACUACCACUACGGCUACUACCAAUACGGUUACUACUACUACCACUACUACUAUUACUACUGCUGCUGCUACUAAUAACAAAAAUAUUCAAAACAAUAACAACAAUCCGAUAAAAAACUUGAAAAAAACUAUUUCUCACAACUUAACAAAAUUUCAAAUGAAUCUCAGCGGAGGAUCGCAAUCGAAACCGACGACUCAACUUGCCCAUCCUAAAUCCACUCGAAUAUUCGGUAAGUACAAGGACGUGGGGAUGUGCUUCUCGGAGAUGUGGCUGGGAGAGAGUUUCAGCGCUAAUUUUAAAGUCAGACAGGUUUUAAAUAGGAUGAGGAACUCCAUAGAGAAUGAAAACUUGGCGAGGUUCUACGGGUUAACUUUAAUCGGCGAGAGACUGUACAUAGCAGAGGAGUUCUGUGAGAAAGGAAACCUCAUCGGUGUGCUGAAGCACGCUAAAUAUAAACUAGAUGAUAAUUUCAGAUAUUCCAUAUCGAAAGAUUUGUUGCAAGGUCUAGCCUACCUACACCGCAACGAAAUAACGCACGGACUCCUAACCACUGACUGCUGUGUUGUCAACUCGAGGUGGGCGGUUAAAAUAACAAGCUGGUGUUAUAACCUCAUUCAUCAAACUGGUUUCUCGUCGUCUGGGGGCAAAAAAUUUACAAAAAGUUUGCUAACAAUUUAUAAAGAAGGACUUAAGGAGAGUGAAAAAAGCCAAUUUGAGUUUUGGCUACCUCCUGAGGUUUAUUUUGAGAACGGUCAGACCUACCAAGCCACCAGACAAAGCGAUAUAUUCAAUUUCGGACUGAUUUUGUUUAAAAUAUUUUCAACAUCAUCCAACGAAACUUCAUCAGAGCAUGACGAUCAAACGCUCAAUCAACCGAAUCGAGACGAUUCCGAUAAACCGAUACAGGUACCGAGACUAGCGAAACUCGCGACGACUCGUUCUCUACCGCCGAAAGUAAAAUUCAUAAUAGAGCGAGCCUGUCUAGCUGAUACACUGGCAAGGCCGAACGCCGAGAAACUGAGUUACAUGCUGAGGUCUGCACAAGCCUCGCGCAAAAAUAACAUUCUUGACAACAUCGUCGAAACCAUUGAAAAAUAUGGCAACGAAAUGGAGACGAGAGCCAGUGAACUGCAAGUUAAAUUGAAAAACUACAUUGACGAGAGAGAUAAAUUUCUAUCCAAAACCUUUCCGAGUUGGACUUUGAGACAGAUUCAUCUCGGUAAUCGAAACGAUUCGAGACUCCACAAAUCGUUAACGGUUCUGGCAAUCAAGAUUUGGUUUCAAACUAACCAGACGAUAUCCGGUUCUGACAUCCCCAGUGGAAACUAUGAGAAUUACGUGAGAGAUUGUAUUGAUGAGUUUUCUAAAAAUCUUGAUGAUCUACUCGAUGAAAAUUCUUGGCUGUUCAAAAUCGACCAAACCUCAACUAGUGUUGUGUUAAUCGCCGGUUUCAAUGGUAUGCCGGUCGGUCAGAAUGUCGGUAAAAUGGUCCAACUUUCGUUUGCGUACCGAAAAUCGAUGGAAAAGAUGAUGACCGAUGUAUUCAAACGUUACAGUCCCACAUACACUUUGCAGAACGCCGAAGCUUGCACAUCCCCGAUCCGAUUAGGCACAACCCUACAUACCGGUCCGGUAUAUUUUUACGUUAAUUACGACCCAAGCGACUUGACGCUUUGUAAGUUUGUGGCACACGGAGAAGCUCUUACGACAGCCACAAAGAUCAAUGAAUCAUUCGGUAUCAGUUUGAAUAAGUCCUGCACGGUUAUUACCGACGAACUUCUUAAGCAUUUGCCGGUAUCGGUGAAGAAUAUUCGAGUCCAGUCCAUCCCUAAUGCAAUUGAAGACAUCAAUUUAUACUGGAUCGAGCCAGAAAUAAUCAAAAGAGAGGAGAAAAAUAUGCCACUCAUCAAUUAACAAACCAUUAAAAUAAUUCCAAUUAUAAAUUAUUAAUUAUAUUAGUUAUAAUUAUAGUACGAUAAUAAUAAUUAAUUAUAAUAUAACCGUAGCAAAAAAAAAUGAAAUCAUCUCAGUUGAUUUUAUUUCGAGAAAAUAAAGCCAGA